AACGAAGAGAGUGAUUAGGCUCGAGCUUUGUUAUUUAUAUUUUCGGGCUCGAAUAAACUAGGGAUUCUCUUCCACCAAAUUUUCCGACGACGAUUGCUUCCCUCCUCCGGUUGCGAGUGCUUCUCAGUUGGACUCCCUUUUCGUCAGUGUUUUUGCGAGAAGUUUUGGUCUGUUGGUUUACUUGCUGCUUAAGGGGCGUGAUCGUGGGGGAUCUAGAUCCAUAAUUGCGCCGAUCUGAUACUUUUAUUGAUUUGGGCUGGAAAGAUCGCGAUUUGCUUGCUGAAUUAUGCGAACGUCAUGGGCUGAUGCAGUUGCGGACGCCGAUAACUCGGCUGCCGUGACCAGCGCCUCCGUUGCCAACGUUGUCACCGCCUCCGCUGCCCCUUCCCGUGGUGGCCGCCCUGCCUACGUGCCUCCUCAUCUUCGCAACCGUCCAGUGACUACUGAGUCCUGUGCAGCGCCAGCAGCGCCGGCAGCUCCAUCUCCAGUAGGAGGUACGUCAAAGCUAUCGGCAUCUGCUGCUCCUGCUACUGGUGGGAGCCGCCGGGGUGGUGGUUCCGUCCGUGACGUGGUUCGUGCUGGAUCUAGUGGUGCGAGAACUGGCUGGCACUCCAGAGGCGGUGGUGGGAAUAGGAAGGAACGUGAGGCGAACCCUUUUUUGAAUGAUGAUGAGACCAUUGAGGUUGCAUUUGAUAGCAAGGAAAAUUCAGGGAUCAAUUUUGAUGCUUAUGAAGACAUCCCUGUUGAGACCAGUGGUGAGAAUGUGCCCCCACCUGUGAACACAUUUGCUGAAAUUGAUUUGGGGGACACACUAAAUGAGAACAUCAGGCGGUGCAGGUAUGUGAAACCAACCCCCGUCCAGCGCUAUGCAAUCCCCAUUUCACUUGCAGGCCGGGACCUCAUGGCCUGUGCUCAGACUGGAUCAGGAAAGACAGCGGCUUUCUGCUUUCCAAUCAUCAGUGCAAUCAUGAGGGGACCUCCAGGACCGAGGCAAAGAGGAUCAAGGACUGCCCUCCCUCUAGCUUUGAUUUUGUCACCAACCCGUGAGCUAUCUGUUCAAAUACAUGAGGAGGCCAGAAAGUUCUCUUUCCAGACUGGUGUUCGAGCAGUAGUUGCCUAUGGUGGAGCUCCUAUAAAUCAGCAGUUGCGAGACUUAGAAAGGGGUGUUGACAUACUUGUGGCAACUCCUGGUCGUUUGGUGGAUUUGAUGGAGAGGGCUAGAGUUUCUUUGCAACAUAUUAGAUAUUUGGCCUUAGAUGAGGCUGACAGAAUGCUUGAUAUGGGCUUUGAGCCACAAAUUAGGAGAAUUGUGGAACAGAUGGACAUGCCUCCACGUGGUCAAAGGCAAACUAUGCUGUUCAGUGCCACCUUCCCAAAGGAGAUACAGAGGUUGGCUUCUGAUUUCCUUUAUAAGUACAUCUUUCUUGCUGUUGGGAGAGUUGGUUCAAGCACUGAUUUGAUUGUUCAAAGGGUGGAAUUUGUAACGGAAUCUGAUAAAAGAAGCCAUCUUAUGGAUCUUAUUCAUGCCCAAAGAGAGAGUGGCGCUCAUGGAAAACAAUCUCUGACGUUGGUUUUUGUGGAGACAAAAAGAGGAGCUGAUUCUUUAGAACACUGGUUGUGUAUGAAUGGGUUUCCAGCAACCACAAUUCAUGGAGAUAGGACUCAGCAGGAAAGGGAGCAAGCUUUGCGAUCUUUCAAGACGGGUGCUACGCCCAUUCUUGUCGCGACUGACGUUGCAGCACGCGGGUUGGACAUCCCGCACGUGGCACACGUUAUUAAUUUUGACCUACCCAACGACAUCGACGACUACGUGCACCGAAUUGGAAGGACAGGCAGAGCUGGAAAGUCGGGCCUUGCCACUGCCUUCUUCAACGACAGUAAUGCAUCCUUAGCUAGGUCAUUGUCUGAGCUAAUGCAAGAAUCAAACCAGGAGGUGCCGCAAUGGCUCACUCGCUACGCAGCUGCUCGUUCUCACAGCGGCGGUGGGGGUGGUAGAAAUCGAAGGUCUGGUGGAGCCCGGUUCGGUGGCCGUGACUUCAGGAGAGAUUCCUCCUAUACCAAAGGUGGCGGAGGAGAUUAUUAUGGAGGAUCAUUUGGUGCAUCUGCAGGAUAUGGAGGUGGAUAUGGAAGUGCAGGAGUGGCAAGUGCUUGGGACUAGCUAGUUUCAUCCCAAAUACCUUAUUUAUCCUCCCUCAUUUUUGAUGGAUUGAUUAGGAGUAAUUAUUACUAAUGUGAUGUGUUUUAUCUUUUGUUUGCUUUCCUAGUUUGUCGAACGUUUGUCUAAAGUGUUAGUAACUCUUUAGUCUCCCAAUCUUGUUAUUGUAAAGUGAAUACGUUGAUGGUUUCUCUGCAAAUCUGAACUGACACCAGAUAAA